AGGCUUAAUACACUUUCAUAGCCAUAACUAUUCGCGUUGUGACAAUUAUAGCAACUUUUUGAAAAAUGCACUCAUAUAGCCAUUCCGUCACAAACUUUAAUGACAUCACUGUAAAUGCUGAGUAGACAAACGUUUUUUACUGACGUGGCGACUUUUCGUCAAAUUUUUUUUUAUUUAAUUGCAAUUACAUGAAAAAAAUGAAAAAUCAUCUUCCUCCAGACCAUCUGCUAUUGCGAUCUCUUCCCUAAUUGAAACCCCAUAUCCAUUCCCUCGUCGAACCCAAAUUGAGUUUCAAGAAAACCCAAUCAACUUCCAACGUCGAACCCAAAUUCAUAUUCAAGAAAACUUAAUACGACGAAGGCGUGGAAGGGAGGGCGGUCGCAGCGGUGGCGGAAAACGAGAGAACGAAAGGGGGAUUUGGUGUAGAGGAGAUAGAGCUUGGAGAUGGAUCCUAAAGCUACACCGCCGACUGGAUGGGCAUGUGAUUUGAUCUACAAUUUGACCCAAAGAAGAUGGUGAGGAUGAGGAGAGGAGCGCGGAGAGGGCGGAAUCGGGCCGUCAAGGCCGAGCCCAGAUCUGGCGAUGGUGGAUUUGGAGGCGACGAAAUUUCAAUCUGGUUGUGGUGAGGGGUCUCGGAGAGGAUGAAGGAGGCGAUAUAUUUUUGGAGAAAUGGAUUUGCUUCCCCUAUAUCUGGUUCUCUCACCCUCUGCUCUUGCCGACAUCAGUUUCUCUCGACAUUGCCUCCAUCGCGCCGCUUCCGCCUCUCGCUCCACUUUCCAGAUCUACACAUCUAUCAAAGCAUCGAUAAGGCCCGCGCUUCUCCGACAUUGAUAUCCGACCUGGGUCAUGAUGCCUACUCUAGCGAAGGAAACCCAAUCGUUGCGCUUGCCUCUCUCUUGGUCGACGGACUGAGUAGAUUCGAAGAGGAAGUUGAGAUCGCCGACAAAAUCAUGUCAAUCGGAGUUGGGAAUUUUAAGGGUGGUGGCACAAUUGGACAGGGAAGACAGAAAGAGUCGGGAUAUCUCCCUCCGACGAGGACCUGGAAACUUGAAUCGAGGACGAGACACCAAGGGAAACUUCUCUACAGAGAUGGUCGCAUCUUUCGAUAAAAUAGCAGGCCAACCGCUGGUUGAUUAGAGAUUUUCCCCUCCAGCGAGCAUCUGAUUGGUUCUUCACUAAUCUGAAUUUGGAUUUCAAAUUUCGAGUUUUGACGAAGAGAUCUGGGGGUUGGAGGAAGGUGAACAGGUGGUGUGGGGAUGGGGAAAAAAUUUAUAUACAUUUUUUUUAUUAAAAUAUGAGGUGGCAUCUAGGUGUUGUGGUUUGUCUAGUUGGACCUGAUGUGUAAUCCGAGCUGGCGUCCACAUCAGCACAACGUUAAUGUUAUUGACAGAAUUGCUGACGACGUUAAAGUUUGUAACAGAAAUGGCUAAAGCUGUCAAGCAAGUUUUCAAAAGUGGCUAUAUGAGUGUAUUUUUCAAAAAGUGGCUAUAAUUGUCACAACGCGAAUAGUUAUGGCUAUAAAAGUGUAUUAAGCCAAAUAUUUAUUUUGAAUAAUUAAGUAUAUGGGUGAUUGUUUUUCCAUUUUAUGGGUUUACUUCUAUCUUUAGUGUAUACUAGGAAAACACUCGCAUUACGUUGCGGCUCGUAGUAUGAUUUUAUUAUUUAGUUGUUCAAUAGUUCAUUUACAUUAAAUAGACAGUGCAUCGUUUGGUGAAGUCAAUUAUUAUUCAUGGUAGGACCAAAUGAAAUGUGUCGACACUUACAAAUAGUAGUAGUGGGCUUCUCACUCUCUCUCUCUCUUAUCAUUUUCUGCUCUCCUCCCUAACUCCAGCAUACCUGCCUUCUUUGAUAGAGAAUAAUCAGAUCUACCGCCGACCUCUCUAUCUCUCACUCUCUAGACGAUGGGGGCUAGAAGCUCCAUAACCUCUCCAGUCCCUCCAUUUUUUGUCUAUUUCUUUGGAGUGGUUGCAUGCAGGUAUAUAAUUUCAUGUGACAAAAUCAGGGUAUAUAGAUUGAUAAUAAUCGUAAAUUUUUUCGUUUCUACUUGAAAUAUUCUUUGAUCUCUCCCUCUAUAUUGACUAUUUUCCUCCUAUUGUUCCUAUUAAUUGCUUCCUCAGACCGUCAGACAUUUACUUCCUGCCACAAUGUCCAAUUCUUCCUUGUGUAUAGAUAUUUUGAUAGAAAAUUAACUCAAUAAAACCCAGCAAAUCAUAGACAAUGGGUUAUCGUUAGGGGUGGCUAUUUUGACCGGGACCGGAUUAAAAACCGAAAACCGAACCGUAUAAUCCGGACCGAGACCGGACCGGGACCGAAUAGUAAACAAUCCAAUCCAAUCUUUGGGCUUAGAUUUGAGGUAAAAAAUCGGAUAAAGACCGGAUAAGAGAGCUCAACACUCAAAACUUAAGGGUAAUUUGCAUAAACGGUCACAAACCUUUGCACUUAGUACAAAACUUAACCAACUCCUCACCCUUUAAGGCCUUAAGCCACUCAAAUCCCACAAUCUCAAUGUAAAAUCAAGACCGAAUUGGGACCGGACCGGAUCAAAACCGGACCGGAUCAAGACCGGACUGUAUCCAAUUCAAUCUUCGGUCCUUAUAUUUUCAAAAAAACCGGACUGGACCGGAUCAAUUUGGGCCAAUUUAACCGGACCGGACCGUAUAGCCACCCCUAGUUAUCGUAUAGAAGCAGGGGAAUCAACAAUGAAGUGAUUAGUUACAGUAAAUUUGCAACUUGUGAUUCGAUUCCAACACUCUAAUCCAAUAUCAAACCGAUAUAAUAAGACGAUGAAAUUAAUUUAUCUAAGCUUCAAUAUUGUGCCUGGAAAGUUGUGAGAUAGUGAAAUUGACAGGAAAGUAUGUGCUAGUUUUGAUCUUAUUGGCCAUUUGAAUAUUGCUUAAAUUGAAGAAAUAUCCAAGGAAACAUAUCAAAAUAUUGUCGGGAUAAUAGGUUUAAGCCCCAGCCAAAUAAAAUUUUUAUUGAACAAUAAACAUUAUUUACCUUUCUUCAAUUGGAGAAAUAUCCAAGCAAACUGAUUACAAAAUAGUUAUGGAUAAUGGGCUUUAGCCCAAUCAAAUAAAAACUUUAGUGAACC